AGUGGCCCGUUCGCACAUCACUGCCGAAUGCGCUUGCAACCUCCACCCUGAAACACUGAUGCUCAUCUAUAACAAACGUCAAUCUCCGCUGACUCCACCAGUCGCGGCACCACGUUUCAAGUUUGAUGCACUAACAACUAUCGAUGGCACAACGGUACAGUCAACCAUGAUGCUGUUGACUAUAAGUCCUCAGCAUCUCCCUACAUCUCUUUCUGUCAUAUCAGCCCAGAGCCGGUAUCUGUAUAGCUAGUCUUACUAUCACCUGAGCAGUGCUCAGUUCAUUCUUUUACAUACAUUUCUUUUGUCUCACCACCAUCAAUAUGAAGUUCACCUCUACUCUGGCUCUGACAGCCCUUCUGGCUGCUCCCGCCCUGGCCGGUCCCCACGGUCACGUCCGCCACCAAUUUGAGUCCAAUCAAAACUACCCUGGCGCCGGCAACCAGGGUUUCAAUGCCCCUGGACAAGGCCAAGGUCAAGGCCAGGCUGCCCCCCAGCCAAGCAUCCAGCCCAGCAACAACGGCUACCAAACCCAAGCCGCUCCACAAGCGCAGUUCACCCCUCAACCCAGCGUCGCCAGCCAGGUCGCUCCCGCCGUGACCUCCACCGUCAGCACCAACCACAAGAGCAGCUCCACCUCGUCGGACAACUACGAAGUCAACGAGAACUGGGCCGGUGCUGUCCAGGAAACCAGCGGCAGCGCUACCUUCUCCUAUGUGGCCGCCACCUUCACCCUCCCCAGCGUGACCCCCACCGCGGCAUCUUCCUCCUCGGAUGACCAGGCCGUGUCCUUCUGGGUCGGCAUUGACGGCGCCACCGGCCAGAACCAGAUCUGGCAGGCCGGUGUCGACAUCUACGUCCAGAACGGCGAGACCACCUUCCUCGGCUGGUCGGAGUGGUACCCUGCUGACACUGUCGGUCUUGACAUGGAGUUCAGCAUCGGUGAUGUGAUUGUUGUCUCGGUCGAGUCGACCUCCAGCAGCGAGGGUACUGCCCUGAUUGAGAACUUGACUACCGGCAAGAACGUUACUUCCACUGCUUCGGCCCCGGAUAGCUCGUCGACUCUGGUCGGUCAGACUGCUGAGUGGAUCGUCGAGGACUUGGCUAUCGAUGGUGAUGGUCUGACCUUCAUUAACUUCGGUGAGGUUACUUUUACCGGCUGUGUUGCUAAGGCUGGUGGAAAGACUAUUGGUCUUGAUGGCUCGUCUUUGAUGGCUGUGGAGGAUAGCACUAGUGACCAUGUCCAGGCUGUGCCUAGUGUUGUCAGUGACUCUGAGUUGAAGAUUACUUACCAGAGCUCUUAAGGUGGAAGUGGUGAGACAUUGUUCUUUCUUCUUCUGAUGUUGUGUAUAUACACGUCUUGUAUUGGGGAUGUUAGAUGUCAACCUGGGGUUGAUGAGUGAGAUAGUUAGUUGGCAAGAAGUCGACUAUCG